AUGGUUUGGUCGGGUCAAGGGCUGAAGGUCUCCGACGAACAAUGUACGAUUCAACCAGCCAUGAGGGCCCUCUGCGACCUCAAAUCUUGGAUUGGCCCCAGCAUACCAUUUCGACUCUUGCUUGGCUUCGUUAGGAUUAUCACCCUCUAUCUUCGGCUCAUAGUCGAAAUUCCUAAUCGUCCCCUCAUUGGUGACGCUGAUCAAAAUCCCAUCUUCGGCCAGAAGGGUCCUCCUGAAGCACUGCGCGAGUCCGCCUCUUUCUGUGGUAGGAACAAUCUACAUUUUAUCUCUGACGAGAUCUAUGCAUUUUCCAUUUUCCUGAACCCCGCAAUUCCAAAGCCGACUCCGUUCACCUCUAUCCUCACCCUGGAUCUCGUUGAUGUUAUUGAUUCACUCCGCAUGCAUUGCUCUAUGGCGCAAGAAAAGACUUUUGUGCCAAUGGACUACGCAUGUGAUUCGUCUACACGAAAAAUGAAGGCAUAUUGGGUGCUAUGUCCAGCAUUAGGUAACUUGCAACAAUGUGUAUUCUCGUGGUCACCCCGUCUUCUGCAAGAUGCCUGGGCUACUAUGAUGGAGGACAAGCAGUGGAUGGGACAAUUUACGAGCCAGAAGAGGGAGCUCAUGGUAAACCGGUACAAGACGGCAACGUCGUUCUUUCCCAAGCAUGGCAUUCCCUACUACGAGAUAAAUGCUGGCCUAUUAAUCUGGGUCGACCUACGCUACCUACUGGUCUCCAAAUCAUCUAUACAACAGUCAGACUAUAGCGGCUUGAAGGUGGCCUCACCCGAAGCUCCAGGCUACCUACAGCGUGAGCUGAGAAUUGCAGAUAUCUGCAUGACAAAUGGUGUUAUGAUUGCCCCUGGUCAUGUCUAUGUACCGGAGCAGUAUGGCUGGUUCCGUAUCACAUUCACCGUUGGCAAAGAGGCAUUGGAGGAAGGAUUGAAUAGAUUCUUAGCAUCUAUGAAGGAGGAGAGGUCGAAAGUCAAGGUUGGAAAUAAAGCUGAUGCCCAUAGAGUUUAG